UGCAUGGCCAUCCAAUACUUUUAGCUGCAACUUGUUAAGUAUCUUGUUGUCUUUUUGUCUUUUGUGUAUUGUACUUCUGUAGAUGAUACUACAGUAAACUUUCUAUAUUUUAUAGUUUGUUAGAUUCUCGAUUCGAAAUGGAUUUUAAGAUGGACCUUGAAGUCAAGGGAAAAGUAGCCAUCGUCACUGGCGCGGGUUCAGGUAUAAAUCUCGCCUUCGCAAGUCUCCUCCUCUCAAAAGGUUGCAAUGUCGUAAUAGCCGACCUCUCUCUCCAACCCGCCGCAACCAAACUCCUCACCACCUACACCUCUACUUCCCCAGAUUCCUCAUCCUGCAAUACCCCCACACUCCCACAAUGUCUAUACCACUCUACCGAUGUCACAUCCUGGCCUGCACUCACCUCCCUCUUCGAAUUCACAAUCUCCCAUUUCCCAGCAGGAAUAGACAUUCUCGUCCCCGGCGCCGGACUUUUUGAUCCCCUCUAUUCCAAUUUUUAUAACCCCCCCAGAACCCCCCUCUCCCAAGAUACUCAUCAUCUACACCCCCCUCCCUCUCUCAAACAUACCCCCGAAGUCACACAUCCAACUCCCCCAUCUCCCAAAAUCAACCCCUUCCCCGGCUCCUUCCACACCCUCAACGUAAACAUCACGCACCCAAUCCGUCUCACGCAAAUGGGCGUCGAGUAUUGGACCUCGUCCAAAAGAAGUGGAAGAGUAAUCUGUGUGGGGAGUGUAGCGGGUCAAAUAGGAGUUAUGGAAACUCCGCUGUACCACGCGAGCAAAUUUGCGAUUACGGGGUUUGUGAGGAGUGUGGCGGGGUUGGAGGAGUUGGGGAUUAGGGUCACGGCUAUUGCGCCGGCGCUUGUGCAGACACCAAUCUGGUCCCAUCAACCCGACAAAAUGACCAUGUUAACCUCCGAUCAAAAAUGGAUCUCCGCCGAAACCGUCGCAGAAGCUAUGUUAGAACUACUUACUCGAGAAGACUAUGUAGGCGGGACGAUUUUGGAAGUCAGUGGGUGUGGGACUAGGGUUGUGAAGAUGAUUGGGGAUGAAGGACCGACGUUUGAACCGGGGUAUAUGAUUGGGAAUUUGGAGGGGUAUAAGGAGGAGAUUUAUAAGAAAUUAAAGGAGGGGAAGAUGGGGAUGUGAUGGGUUGUGAUUUUCGGGCAUCAGGCUAAAGAAUGGAGAUGAACACGAUGGGAUAGAGGAAGUAAAUUGAGAAUGUUGCAUCUGUGGGAAUUGAGACUGGCUUCAACAGCUUGCUCUUGUUACUGUAUUAGACAAGAUU